AACCAAAUACCAACAGGUGACCGCACCGAAUUCCGUAUAGAGAAAAAAGGGUCCGUCGUCAUUAGGCGAUUGUCCCUGCUCCUACAACAUCUUUCAGUUUUGUUUGGAUAUGCCAGGAGCAUCUUCUCAUUUAUAUCGGCCUGGAAUUUCUCCUUUGCUUGCAUCAUGAUUGCCAUCGGUCUUGAGGGGUCCGCCAACAAGCUCGGUGUUGGACUAAUCCGACAUCCUCCCAAAGGCGGGCCCGCGCAGAUACUUGCUAAUAUUCGCCAUACAUAUAAUUCACCUCCCGGAGAAGGAUUCUUGCCAAAGGACACCGCAAAGCACCACCGUUCCUGGGUUGUCAACCUAGUGAAGCAAGCACUGAAGGAAGCAGGUGUAUCGGCUGCCGAUGUAGAUUGCAUCUGCUACACGAAGGGCCCAGGCAUGGGUGCCCCUCUACAGAGUGCAGCAAUUGCUGCAAGAAUGCUAAGUUUGCUUUGGGAUAAGCCUCUGGUUGGAGUGAACCAUUGCGUUGGUCAUAUUGAGAUGGGUCGCGAAAUCACUGGCGCAAACAACCCUGUCGUGCUCUAUGUCAGCGGAGGAAAUACUCAGGUCAUUGCAUACGCAGAACAAAGGUACCGCAUAUUCGGGGAAGCGCUAGACAUUGCCGUCGGAAACUGUCUUGACAGGUUUGCGCGCACCCUUGAGAUCCCCAAUGACCCUGCGCCAGGCUAUAAUAUCGAACAGCUUGCCAAAAAGGGAAAGCAUCUGCUGGAUCUUCCGUAUACGGUCAAAGGCAUGGACUGUUCAUUCUCAGGUAUUCUUGCAAGUAUCGACGUGCUUGCCGCUCAACUGAAAGCAAACCCCAACCAAACGGACGCACUUACAGGAGAGCCCAUUACUGCUGCCGAUCUUUGCUUCAGUUUGCAAGAGACAGUGUUCGCGAUGCUUGUGGAAAUUACAGAGCGCGCAAUGGCUCACGUAGGCUCAAAUCAGGUGCUUGUCGUUGGCGGUGUCGGCUGCAACGAGCGCCUACAAGAGAUGAUGGGUUUGAUGGCCAAGGAUAGGGGCGGCAGUGUAUAUGCCACAGAUGAAAGAUUCUGCAUAGAUAACGGCAUAAUGAUUGCACAUGCGGGUCUACUUGCUUAUCGAACGGGCUGUCAAACGGCCCUGAAUGACAGUACAUGCACACAAAGAUAUCGGACCGAUGAAGUACUCGUCAAGUGGAGGGAUUGAGUCAACUUUAGGCCGAGUAUUGAUAUAUUUCAAGACUAAAACUUGCGCAUUUGGUCUCGGUUUUAAAAAAGCGCGUUUUGGGGCAAGCCAUCCCUGCUGCCGCGUGUGAAGUUGGUUUGCGUCUAGGCCCAUCACCAAGGGAUGAUAGAACGUUAAAAUACUUCCUCGCUGAUGAGGUAUGUGUAAGGAGAAAGAGGCUAGCAGGGAAUAAAAGGUAGAGGUACAUUGCGACCUCCGCCAUGUAGGGAAUUUUGGGGAGGAGAAUAGAAGAAACGCGAAUAAGACAACCCGUGUUAACCACUUCUUCGAUCUCUUCCUUCACCCUUCUCGCCUUGCCUGCUAAGCCCAGCAGCCAGUCGAAACGCCAAGCCUUAGAUAAAUAAGCUAAGAGGAUUUUAAAGUCACCUCACAAAAUUAUGUACAAAUUUUGACAU